GUUGUUUUUCAAAUAAAACAAAUAUCUUUUUGAAGCCGGAUUGAAAGUAAAAAGAAAAAACAUAUUUGUGAAGAUGAAAAAGCAAAUGUGAGGAUGUUAUUAAUAAUAAAGUGGGGAGUUUAAAAUAGGGUAGUAUUGGUUGGUGCUGUCUCUAUAUUUGGCGUCUGAAUUGGAAUUGGAAUUGGAAUUGAAAUUGAAAUUGAAAUGAAAGUCGCAUAAGAAUUCAUAGAUAGGUCAGGCCUGCAGUAGGGGUUUCGUUUCGUUUCGUUUCGUUUCGCAAUCAGAUGUAAACCUAUAAAUCAUACACCAUGGAUUCUCUCUCUCCUCUUUAGCUUCACACAACAGGACGCACUUUCUUAUCUCAUGAUCCAAAAUUACAUUUUAAUGGAUACCCACGAAGACAACAACAACAUUGAAUUCCAAAUAAAUGCAUCAGACAAAGGACAAAAUACCCCUCUUGUUUUCUCAAGAGAAACACCCUUUAUAAGGAAAGACUCUCCCUCUUACAAUGCCAAAAAGCUCAAAUCCACCGAUGCUCACCUUCCUGGGACUAGCCACACCAAAAUAGCCAGACAGGACAGGGUUGAGUUGGGUCGCCUCUUGCAAACUGCAGUCAGUUCCCAUAACUGGGACUUUGCUGAAACUUUGAUUCUUCUUGCUGAUCCACAGAUACUUAAUGAUGCCCUCUGCAUUACCCUCGAUUCCAUCUGGUUCUUGACCACAGAGCUAGAGCUUCACGCCAUCACACUCUUUAUCAGGAAGAUCAUUGCCAAUGGGGCUUAUGACUUCACUAGAGCUACUCUAAGAACUUCAUUCCUUGCUUCCUGUGUCUCUGCAUGCCAGACCAGAACAAUGACUCUUGUGGAUACCAUUACUGUUAUGGCUCAGAGGCUGCACGAGCGUCUCCAGGAAUGCAAUGGAGAUGAAGUCUUGAAGGCAGAAGCGGGUGCUAAGGUGCAAAAGUUUACUGAAUGGGCUCUCAAAUGUAUUGGCAUCCAUUCCAAUCUUCAAGAUGAUACUGAUAAUGUCAUACACAGCUCCGCCGUGGAGACCCAGCUCCGAUUAUCUGCCUUUAAGACCUUCCUUGAUCUUGCUGGCAACCGUCUUACGGGGAAGGACUUCAGUGAGGCCUUUGAUGCCGCUUGCUUUCCUCUCACUCUUUUCUCAAGCUCAUUUGAUCCAGGUUGGGCAUUUGGCAUGUCCGCUGCCGUGAUCCAAGGCUUGCUGGCCAUGUUAGUAGAGGGGGGUGCAGACAAUGUCAAUCAGUGUUUCUUGGAAGCUUCACGUUUUGGAAGUACAGAACUUGUCCGUGUACUAUUGCAGAUUGCCCAAAGAAACAACUUGGAUGUUGAUGUCGAUUUAGCGCUGGGCUUUGCCUCCCAUUACGGCAAGAUAGGCACUAUGGAGUGUUUGGUGGAAGAGGGAAAUGCCGUAGCCUUUUUGGGCCCUUUGAUGAGAGCUGCUGAGAGGGGAUGUAUGCAAGUUGUUGAGUGGUUUGUGCAGAGGGGUUGCCGAGACAUGGAGCUCUGCCUUGCCCUUACUGCAGCCACUUCUAGCUGCCAAGUUCACAUUGCUUCAUAUCUUCUUCCCCAUGUACCCCAGCAGGUUCUUGCAGCGCUUAGUGUUGAAAUUCUGAAAGCUGCCGGUGAACGCAGUGGUGGAUCUCUUGAUGGUGUAUCAUUUCUCCUCCAAUCCGACUUCUUAGGUGAUCCUGCAGCUACUUAUGCUGUUGCAGACAUUAUUGCUAAAUUGGAGGAUGAAGCUGUUGCUCCGGAGCUAAAGGCUUUUCUUAAGGAGCAUUGGUCAGAAGGAGCUUACAUAGAGGGAUUAAGGUUAGGGAAAGAGCAUUACAUGAACCUUGUGAGAAUCAUUAAAUGGGGCGAAUCUCCUAUUUGUUUGAGAGAUCUUCCAGCCCCACUGACUGUUGCAAUUGCUUAUCUCCCACUCUAUAGAGAGUGUGUCAAGGCAGGGGGUUGCUUGUUUUCUCAACGGCUAAGAGGACAGUUGGUUGAAGCCGCAAGAAGGCUUGGUGGGGAUGGAGAUGGGGUCUUCGAUGAAACGACGAAUGGUAGAGAUCUUCUGGUGAUUUUGGAGCGUCAUCUUCCCCAAUUUUUGCUCGCUCCAACCACCAUUGCUUAGCUAGAUUUGGUUACCAUUGUUAUAUACUUUGCAUCUAUAUUAUGUAAUCAGUUACUCUUGACUUUUUUUAUACUGAGAAACCAAGUUUUAUGGUUGGUUUUUCUCUUAAA